AGCUUAAAUAUUUUGCUUUUGGAAAUGGUAGAAGUCCAAGGCCAGUAAAAGCAAAGGUUGUCACUUUGAAACAAAGAUGGCUUCAAAGGUGAGGAGGUUCUUCUACACGAACCAAGCUGCUGCUGAUGCUGAUGCUGCUGCCUCCUCCACUGAAUCUCAUGCCGUCUCGCUUCUGUCGGGUCCUCCUUCCUGCGGGAAGACUUCUUUGCUGUUCCAGUUCGCUUAUAAUCGCGCGUUGCGGAGCGAUUCCGACGAUGUUCCUGCUGUUGUCUUCAUAUGCAACCGUCGAAGAUUGGAAGCUAACCCCCCUUUUCUCUCUCAGGGCAUUGAUCCGUCAUCUGGCGUGUUUGGGCGUAUACAAAUGAAAUAUGUCGAGGAUGAUGAAGCGGUUAAGAAGUAUUUUGCGGCGUUUCACCUGCACGAGUCUUUUCCAGCUGCUGUGAUCAUCGAUGAUUUCGGCGAAUUGUUUGACGAGAGGAAUUGCCAAGAGAAAUAUGCUAAUCCUCGAGGGCGAGACCUUGCAAUGGUCCGAACUUUGGCUCUAUGUCGCAAUGCCGUAAUGCACGCUAGCAAGAAAGGUCAGUGCGAGACGCUGCUGGCCGAUACGCACCAUGGAGACUCCCCGAGGUUGUUAUAUAUCUAUAAGAGAUGGGUUUCAUCCAUUUUCACAAUAAAAGGUGAUGGUUGCGGGUCGUUUCUCCUCAGCAGCAGCAGCAAAACUGGAAAUGGCAACUCCAUUAAAAGAGAAACUGCAAAGUACUCGAUAGCUCUUCAGUAUUUGUCCCUGGAGGCAGUAGAUGAUGACUCUGAGCAGUGAUUAUUCCUUCAUUACUCUUUAACUGGAUAUCAUUUUGUUGGCUUGUAGCUGUUGAUGAAAGUUAUGAUCAAUUCAAAACAUUAGCAGGGUUUUUUUUCUUA